AUGAAGGCCACCGCCGUUCUUUGCCUCCUCCCCGCCGUCUCGGCCUUCUGCCACCACGGCACCAGCCUUUUCAAGAGAGCCGAGGGCAAGUACAACUUCGACGGCCUCAGCGGCCCUCUCAACUGGCAUUCCUUGUCCGCCGAUAACGCUGCCUGCGCUCUCGGCAAGAACCAGUCCCCUAUCAACGUUCUCAACUCCAACACCAAGCAAGUCAAGGGCUCCACCAUCACCUUCAAGCCCGAAAACUACCCCGAUGGCCACGAGCUGGAGAACCUCAACGGCGUCUUCGAGGUCCGCGCCAACGGAACCAUGGAAAACGGCGGCAAGACCUACGCUCUUCGACAGUUCCACUUCCACACCCCCAGCGAGCACCGUCUGAACGGCGAGCACUUUGCUUUGGAGGUUCACUUUGUCUGGGAGGCUCAGGUUGGCAAUGGUGAGUCCGAUAUAACAGUGAAGCGAUCAAGGCAGACAGGUAUUAACACAGGUUCAGGUUCCUCUCUCGCUGUUGUCGGCUUCCUCAUCGAGCUCGGUGAGAAGACUGACCCUCUCCUGGCCGCUGUCUUCAAGAACGCAAACAAGGCCAGAGAGGUCGGCCAGCACGCCCCCACAGGUCCUUUGGACUUCAGCGGCCUCUCCCGUCACCUCUCCAGGAGCACCGUCUACCAGUACUCCGGAUCUCUCACCACUCCUCCCUGCACCGAGUCUAUUGCCUGGAACGUUGUUGGAACCCCCAUCACCAUCGACCUCGCCACCUACAAGACGGUUAAGAGCAUCUUGAAGUUCAACUCCCGCUACACCCAGAACACCCCUGGCGAGAUGAACCUGUUGGAGAACGCCAUGACCAGCCUGCAGAAGAUCAUUGGCGCUCAAGACAAUGCCGAGCCUGUUCCCUCCAAGGCUCCUUGCAAGAAAGCCAAGAGACAAUCCGUUGACGCCGUUCGCAAUGAUUAA